UUUCACUUUAGUACUCAUUGAGAAAGCAACGCUUCGCGACGUGAGCCACGCAGUGGACGGACGUUUGUUAUUGUGCGCGUAAAAUUGCAACUGUUUUUUUUUUUCUUUAUUCAAAUAUAAACGCAUAUUAAAUUGUUGGUUUCUUUUUGUGUUUGUUUUUUGACUGUGUGCGUGUCUAGAAAGUGCAUGGCUCGAAAUGAGAGUCUAAGUUGAGAGGCUGUGAGCGCCCAUCAAAGUGUGCGAGAAUUGAAAAAGCAACAAUAAAAACAAAGCGUUCUUUUAGCGUGUAUUUAAUGUGCGUCGUGUGUUAACAAUUAUAAGUAAAUGCUGCUAAGUGUUUGCUGAUUACUCUUUCAGCAAUAAAUACUAUUAACGAGAGUGAAAUAGCAACAAAAACAGCAACUAAUUCAAAUAAAAGUUAGCCUAAAAUGCGCUUAAAUUAGCGCAGAUCAAAGUAUUCUUUAAGGGACAGAGUGCUUUAGAGACAGCAUGGCCCUGAAUCAGGGCAAGUAUAAGCCGACAAUCUGUGCCAUCGAUGAGGUGGACGAUCGCAGCUACAAGCUGCACACGAGCCAGGAUGACGAGCGCAUCGACGGCCACGGCAGCAAGCAGCAGAUCGAGGGCAGCGAAACGGCUCCGUUGACCACCAAUCAACAGAAACUGCAUAUGGAGGAGGCUGGCCUGACGCCCAAGGAGUUGGAGGCGGCACGCAAGGAGGCGCUCAGCGAUGACAGUGCGGUGGGCGGUGGGGUAACGCCCACAGCGAAUACACCCAACUCGACGCAUGCAUCCGCCAACGGACUGAGAGCCUUGCUGCUUCCAGGACGACGCUCCUUUGACGCACUGAUGAGCCUGUCGCGCAAGCGACGCAUACUAUAUGUGGCCACCGCCUGCCUGUGCGCCCUGCUCCUGGUGAUCAUCUUCAUGCUGCUGGCCUUUUGGCCCGAGGUGCCAUUUUACAUGCGUGCACCGCUCUGCCUGCAGCGGGAGUGCGUCGAAAGCAGCCGCCAGCUGCUGCUCUGGGCCAACACAUCAAAGAGCGCCUGCCACGAGACUUACGAGUGGGCGUGCGGCAACUUUGCCGACGAAUACGCCAAAGGCGAUUACUAUGUGAUUAAACGAGGCGAAUGGAACUACAAGACUUACAAUGAGUAUCAGGAACUCAACGAACUGAAUCGCUUCAUAUCCAUGCUGCCCAAUGUCGCUGAGCGAGCCUAUUCGGUGGAGUCUACCAUCAGCAGUCUCUAUCGCAACUGCCGCGACAUCGACGCCCUGGACAAGAGUCAGUCGGAUCUGCUGCUCAAGCAGGCCAUCAAAUCUGUCGGUGGCUGGCAAGCAUUUUCGGCAACAAAUCGGCUGCAAAACUGGGAGUACAAGAGCGCCCUGAAGCUUCUGCAGGCCAAGUUCGGCAUCUUUCCCUACUAUCGCGUUAGCGUGGAGAACAGCUAUAACAUGCCCUACGACUACAUAAUAACCCUGGACGAGGGCCAGCUGGGACUGCCGGACAAGUACUUCUAUGGCCCCGAUGCCGACGAGGAGGUGGUGCGCGGCUAUAAGCUGCUCCUGCGCGACUUUGCCAUCAACAUGGGCAUGGUGUCGCGCGAAGCGGAUCUAUUUGCGGAUGACAUCUUCUAUUACGAGCGCCGCAUUGUCAAUCACAUUGAUGCCGCCAAGGGUAGCGGCGAGCGUCAGCAGAACAAGCUGCUCCGGCUGGCCGAGCUCAAGAGCAUAGCGCCAUCGCUCCCCAUUUUGGAAUCCCUGCAGGCCAUUUUUACCAACAUAAGGAUCACUGAGGAGACGGAAGUGCUGGUGCGCGACGUGGAAGUAUUUCACGAGCUGUCGACGCUCAUCUCGACCUCAGACAAAAAACCCAUUAACAACUUUAUAAUUUGGUCGCUGGCGCGUGAAAUGCUGCCGCAUCUCUCCAAGGAGUACCGCACGCUGGCGGAACACUUUGAUCAUACCAUCUAUGGGCGCACGGCCAGCUAUCCGCGUUGGCUCUUCUGCAGCCGGGUGGUGCGUGACUGGGUGCCCUUUGCGGUCGACGCACUGCAGCAGCAGCCGCCCAAGCAGCAGUUUGAGGCAGCGUCCCAUAGCCGCAUGAGCGAUGUCAACGGCGGGCUUAACAAGACGAUUGGCAACGAGAAGUUCCUGCAGCUUAUGUUCUACAGUUUGCGCAACCAGCUACAGGAUUCGCUGGCGCAGGCGAGUUGGCUAGAGCCGACAGCCCGGCGAUUUCUGCACAAGAAGCUAGCCGAAAUGCGGCUACAGUUCGGCAUACCCAGCGAGGUGCUCGAGCAGCCCGACUACAUUAGCAACUACUACAAUGAUCUGCUGCUGAGCAAUUUGAAUUUCGUGGAGCACCUGGAGUCCAUUUGGACAUUUCGCCGAUCGCGCAUGGAGAACAAGCUAAAGCCCUUGGGCAUGCUGGAUGUCAUUGUGUCCGAGAUGUACACGCGGGAUAAUCCGCAGCCCAUUGCCUACUCGAACAAGCUGAAUAUGUUGCUCAUCUCGCGAGUGCUGGUCAGCAACAACUACUACGACUAUCGCUAUCCCGUCGCUGUUAACUUCGCGCGCAUCGGCACGGACAUCCUAGAGACGUUGAUCAACAAUUUCCCCACCUUUCUGCUGCAGUUCAAUGCCCAGAGCACGGAUCUAAGCGAUGCUGUGCCAGAAAUUGAAUACGCCCAGCCGGAUGUAAGCUGCCUGUCAGCCGGACAGCCGCCACGUCUCGCUCAUGAGCUGCGCAGCUUCUCGCCGGAAGCCCUUAAGAGCUUCCAUGUCACGCUAAGCGCUGCUCGCACCGCGGCUCGAGCGUUGACCAGCUUUGUGACGGCCAUCGAUGCUGGCAGCGCCAUCCAGGGCGCUGGCAUCGAUCAGGCGGUCACCUAUGAGGCGCUGGGACUCACCCGGCGGCUGCGAGUGCCCGGCCUGCGUUCCUACAACGAAAACGAGCUCUUCACGCUGGCGUACAUGCAGCAGCAUUGCAGUACAACGAUUGCGGACAAGGACUAUGCGCGCAUCAAGCCGCAUGUGGAGCGCCAGUUGGCCGAGCGCUAUCUCUUCAACGCCACCUGGCAGCACAUACAAUUCCUGCCGCGCUCUACGAACUGUGCCGCCUCGGAGGUCAGCUGCUCCAAUUUGCUGUGAGGACAUCUCUCUGUGGCUAGUGUGUACGAUUCCUUAGUUCGGCCAACAUAUUUAUUGUACUUUUUUUUUGAGUAAACCACACACACACAAACACACAUAGAUAUACGCUCACAGGCGGACACACAAAUCACACUAAACUUAGUCUGUAAUUAAGCUAUAAACCUAGUUUAUGUGUUAUAAGUAGUAUUACUUUAAAAAAACAUUUGUAACACACACAACCACUGUUGACAUCACACAUACACACACACACACACAUGCAUAUGAAUAAUUGUGUGUACUCUGCAAUUGCGACAAUUUGUUUAAUUUACAAGUUGAACUACACUUAAAGCACGUUUGCCUGCUCGACAACA